AUGAUUCGCUUGAACAUACCUAGCCCAUACCGGCUUGCUUCUGUGAAUUAUGACUUUUCACCUCAGCAUGUGCCCUCUGUUUAUGUACCAACAAAGGUCUUCGAUAUCAGGCAAUGUCAUGAACAGAUGAAAUUGCUGGCUCACUCCGCUCAGCUAGCUGCGGAACAUCAGGCGGCUGUCGUGGUUGGUUCCUUGCCCUCGCCUACAGCAGGAGCAUCACAAAUCCCCCCACAACUGUUAUCACAACUUCCACCCGGGCCUUCCCAACCAAACGUGUUGCAGGCCAGCCAGGGUGCUAUCAACGCUGGUGCCAUGCCACCGUUGGCUACUGCAGACGUCGGGGUGGACGACCUGCGUCGUCUAUGCAUGUUGCGGUUGAGUUUCGUCAAGGGGUGGGGUCCGGAUUACCCCAGACGAAGCAUCAAGGAAACCCCAUGUUGGAUCGAAAUCCAGCUCCAUCGCCCGCUCCAGUUGUUGGACGAAGUUCUCCAGAGUAUGCCUUUGAAUAGCGAUCGAAAGCCCACGCGCCAUUUCUUCCCUUACUUCUCACAGCCUGCUAGCUGUAUCCCUUCCCGACCUCCACCACCUCCGCAGGCGACCACUAGACGCACUUAAUCACCUGACCCUUCGCCACAUAAUGAACUUGUGGUUCACAUGCACGAGUAUGUCACGUUUGCUUACGAACUACAGACUGCCAAUUCUCAGCGAACUUAUUUAUUUAUCUUGUUUUUAACCCGGUUAGCCUUCAGUGGUCUUAUUCCCCUUCCCUGUAAUCUCUAUCGCCCUUCUUUUCACAGUACGUCGAGGUUUUCACUAUGAAGAUUGCUUUGUGCACCCACCCACUUUCCUAAAUAUUUAUGUAGUUGUGUGUCGUACCGUGACUCACUAUCAGGCUUUGUCAUGUUACACUUCAGGGAUGUCACGCGCACUCGCGGUGACUGUCUUCAGGAAUUUUAUUUCCCCUCUGCACUGCUUUUGUUUUGCCACGCUCCCACCUUCGUUUCGUUUACGCAUCGGAUGAGGCUCCGUUCCGAUCAGUCUUUCCCUUUUUAUCUACCUUUUAAUAAUAUUGUUAUUAUUACCAUUAUUAAUACCGCCGUUCUGACUGUCGUAAUUGUCCCACCACCAUCCAGGUACAUCCUCGUUUCCUAUUUUCCAACCCAUACAGCUGCUCGUUGAUUUCCUGAUCAUUCUAAGACUGUCUCCAUCGUUCCAUAGGUCUCGUCCCCGAUUCUAUGAGUUUUGGCUGUUUCUUCAGCCAUUCAUCAGCGCCGCCCCUACGGCAUCCUGUCUAUUUGCCCACUUUUUAAACAUAAUUUCUGAACACCUCUUAACUACUUGUAUUUUUACUGCUCUACUCCUCAGUGCUUUUCUGUGCUUUGCGAAUUGUGCUCUUCCGGGUUGUCUGACUUUUAUUGUAUCAUUCAUCACUUUACUUUUUAAACCACUUUUGCUUUCCUACUUCCUAUUACCCCAGUCAAAAAUCAGAAGAUUGUUUCUCUUCCGCUUUGUAUAUUUGCUCAUAACUCGCCCUCGUCAUUCUUAGUAUUCUCUUUGUGUAGUACUUCAUUGCAUGUAGCCGUUUUCACUACGUAUUCUAUCCGUUUAAUCCUCCCUCCUAACCAUUUUCCUCUCCAAAAGCCAUUGCCAUACCAUUGGUGUACCCCGAACUCAAUGUUGACUUUAUCUUGCGUCACCUUAUUUAGGCUGAUAUACGGCGAACUCACUUUCAGUUCGCUGCAAGCAGUCAUGCACAUAGUCGUUUUCGUCACUGUCUCCCAAACGGAUAUUCGUCUUCGUCACAACCUACGAUGAUCUUUGUUGUUGCAGAAAACCUCCAUAUGCAGCACUGAAUGGAUGAAUCGCCUCACAAGUACGGCCCAUCCACCAAGCAACUCCUAUUUGUCACAAUGCUCAUGACCAUGAUGCCCGAUGUACGCCUUGUUCUGACGCGAUUCGCGAUCCAGUUGUCAUGAACUACUACCUAAUGUAGGCUGUUUAGUGGCCGAACCUCAUUUUUGGAUUUCAUGACUGACAACUGUUUUUUGGA